AGCGUCUCCCUCAUGGAUACCAGUACAGUUAGCUAAACAGCUUCUAUUUAUCGAGCAGAAAUCGUCUUUAGUACCGUUUAUAUUUCUACAGGUUGGACAUUAAAACCACGUUAGAUAUGUUCAGCGAUUUUUUGCACAUUAAAUCACUUUGCUGAGGCAGAUAAUUUGUGGACUCAAUGAACUCCAGAAAAUCUCAAAAGAUGGGUGACAGUCUGGCAAGUGAAAGUGAUCUUCUGUCAAUGAUCAGAGAGUAUCUGAAGUUUGGUGAGUUCGAAGAGACGGUGAAAGUCUUCGAAAAGGAAGUCAAAUGCAAAGGAAAACCCGCCCUCAAAACUUCAUCACCCUCACCCCGAGACUCCAAAACCAUCCUCAUUCACAAAGAUUUUGUCAGCUCAUUUAACAAUGGAGACUACAAGGUGUUCUUUGAGCUGUGGGCUAAAAAUAUUCCUCCAGAGAUCCGAGAUUUUGACCAAGUAGCCCAAAAACUGGAAUUCUAUGUGCAGAUUCAUUUCACCAUAUAUCCUCUAAAGUCCCCUGUUGGAAGUCACGAUAAAGCGGAGUUUGACAAAAGGAUCUCUCAUUUCAAACAUUACCUUGAGACUAGAGGGGCAGCUUUGAGUCAGACCACAGAGUUCCUGCCAUUUUACGCCUUGCCCUUUGUGCCCAAUCCCAUGCUGCAUCCAUCCUUCCAGGAGCUUUUCCAGGAUUCCUGGAUGCCAGAGUUGAGGGAAAGGCUUAAGAAGUUUCUGUCAACAACCCUGAAAGCUUCGAACGCACCAAGACUUCUGACUUUAUAUAGAGAAGGAGCAAAAGGCAACACAGGUCACGUAGAGGUGAUUCAGCAAAUGCAACUCCAUCUGGCCGAGGCAGAGGGGAAGUCUGCCAGCUACAUGAGGAGAUUCGCUAAACUGCAGGCCGACCAUCACAACCUCAUUGGAGUCACGGCCGAGCUGGUGGAUUCACUGGAGGCCACAGUCCGUGGAAAGAUGAUCUCCCCAGAGUACCUGCAGGGCAUGUGUGUUCGACUCUUCAGUGGUCCCAUGAGACAGAGUGCUGCUCAGAGUAUAGACUUCACCAGACCCGGAACUGGAUAUUACUCUAUGAGCCCUUAUGAUGAUGGAUAUGCAUCCUCAAUGCUACGGGCAUCUGUGGCACCUCAGAGACCCAAAGAUGUGCCUUUGCUGCCUUCUCUGGACUAUGAAAAGUUGAAGAAGGACUUGGUGAAUGGAUCAGAUAGACUGAAGGCUUUGCUGCUCCAGGCUUUGCGCUGGAGGUUGACUCGAUCUCUUCAUGGUGAGCAAAGAGACACAGUACUUCAGGCUUUCAUUAGCAAUGAUCUUCUGGAGCGCUACAGUACCAAACAGAAAGCUGUCCUUCAUCUGAUAAAAUCUAAGAGUGAGAUUGUCAGACAGUAUAUGGCACGACUCAUCAACGCCUUGGCCUCUUUAUGUGACGGGCGGAUGUACUUGUCUCAGAUUCCCUCUCUACUGAGGUUUCUACUCGACUGUCUGAAGACAGAAGAGAAAGAGUCUGUAACUCGAGAGAACGUGCUGGCAGCACUGCAGAAACUGAGCCUCAGACGAGCACAACAGUCUGCUAUGAUUAGAGAUGGUUUGAUUGGCUGGUUGGUUAAAGAGCUCCAUGACUCUGACUGUCUGUCUGACUACACGCUCGAAUACGCCAUCUCCCUCCUCAUGAACCUCUGCCUGCGAACUCAAGGUAAGAAAAAGUGCACGGAAGAGGCCAAGCAGGUCUUGAAAGUUCUGACGGAGCUACUGGGACAUGAGAACCACGAGAUCCGAUACUAUGUGAAUGGAGCUCUGUACAGCAUCCUUUCCAUGCCAGAGAUACGAGAGGAGGCGAAACAGAUGAGUAUGGAGGAGAUCUUGCGCUGUUACACAAAAGAAGAAAACCCUGAACUCAACAGACAGAUCGAGUUCAUCAUUAAACAACUUAACUCAGCAGACGUACCUGAACAUGAAGUGGAGUCAGAUGAUGAGGAUGAUGAUGAUGAUGAUGAUGAUGAUGAUGAGGAGGACGUUAUGGAGGCAGAUCUGGAUAAAGAGGAAGUCCUGCAGCCUCAGCCGAAAGAACUCACUGGGGAGUCUUUACUGACAACAGAGUAUCUUGGAAUUAUGACCAACAUGGUAAAAAUGAAAAGAAGAUCAUGUCCUCCAUCAUCACGCAGCAUAGAUGAACCCCUCCAGAGGCCUGUUACACCCAGUUCCCACAAAAACACCAAAGCUGGGGGAGAUGGUGUCUACCCACUCAGCAGACAGAGAUGUGAAGAUAGCCUCGCCCGCUCACGCUUCAGUUCCCGGCCACCUACCCACACUGGCAGCCGUCCCAGCACUGCUGAAUCCGUCCACCAAACACUGGCAACAGAUUCAGAAUGCUGGCGUUCCUCAGUGGAGUCGGGACUUGUGGGGUCCCCAGAGAGACUUAUCCCUCCGCCAGGCCAGAACGACACAAACAGCCAUUCGUACAGUGGGCAGAUCAUGAGCUUUGCAUGCCAGCCAAAGAUUCCUUGCAGCCCUGACAGUGACGCAGGCAACACUGGCAGGUCCCGUCUCCCCCCGCUCGCCCCCCAGUUCUCCAACAGUGAGCCACAGCAAAGUGUCAGCAGGCCCAGUUCGGGCGGGGUCUCAAGCGGACGGCCCAGUCAACAGAGCAGUCAGUCCAACAGGAAGUGAAAAGGGAACCUUUCAUCAGGAGUGGUUUAUCGACAGAGGAGCAUCCAACUUCCUGUAACAGCAUCCAGCAUUCUUAUCUGGGUCAGGCCAACUAAUACGACCGUAAGGCUGGUGAAACAAAGCUCAGGAUUGUGGCUCUUGAGGGCCUUUCAACCCCAAUUGUAACACUACACGCUUUAGCAAUAAUCACAACAAGUACUUUCAUUAUGCCACAAGCCUCCAAACACCUGGCACUCCACUCCUGCUUUGUUACUCUUUAAUCUCAACCACCCUCACUCGCAGGGAGCAUAUUUAUUUCAAAACAGAUGGAUUAAGCUUGUUUACAGUAAAUGUAGAUGUAUAAUGCUUAUAAAUUGUACUUGCAAUUCAUUAAAUCUUCAUUUUAGUUUUGUAACAGCUUUUGUGUGUGCCUGCUUAUGGAUUUACUUUCAUUUUAGAGUAUUGUAUUAUUUUAAUAAUCAUAGUUGCUUGGCAUGAUGUGUGUAAAAUAAACUGGACAGAGGUAACACAGGUUAAUUUGAAGUACUGUAGUUGUUUUGCUUUGUGUUUUGAAAUGGUUUACUACUUAUUAUUUCUGAAUAUUUUUGUACAUUAUAAUAAAGUUUAUAUAAAAAAUGA